CUUUGUGACCAAUCACAGCGCCGUUGCAACACAAGGAAUUGUGUUAAAAAGUCUGGUCAUCAGAUGGUCCGUACUGCAGGGUGGUGAAGGAAAGUGGGAACUAUGUGGAGUGUGCCUGCUCCCACAUGUCUAUCUUCAGCGCCUAUGCAGAGUUUGCCACGCUUGCUUCCUACAACGAGGCCUUCUACGCCUCAGGACUCAUCUGCACCUCGGGCUUUGCAUUGGCCAUCAUAUCCCACAUGCUGUGCUCCCGUUUCCCCAUGUUCGCUGCCAAACUGCUCACUCACAUGAUGCUGAGCUGCCUCGGGACCCAGAUCUGUUUCCUGGUGUCAGCUUUUCGUGGCCGGAUGUUUUCAGAGGACAGCUGUGCUGCUCUGGCACUCUUCUCUCACUAUUUCCACCUCAGUCAGUUCUUUUGGAUGCUCAUACAGGCGGUGAACUUCUGGCAGGUGCUGGUGAUGAACGACGAGCACACGGAGCGCAGACACCUGCUCUACUUCCUGUUGGGCUGGGGACUUCCUGCCAUGGUCAUCGUCGUCCUGGUGAUCGUCCUGCUCGGCGGCUUCGGAUGGACGAUUCACAGCGUGUACGGACUGGUGCAAGGAGACGUGUGCUUUAUCCCAAACAUCUAUGCAGCUCUAUGCACGGCGGUGCUGGUGCCUCUCAUCUGUCUGGUUGCUGUCACUGUGGUUUUCAUCCACGUCUACCAGGUCACCCCGCAGUGGAAGGCCUACGACGACAUUUACCGCGGACGAACCAACAGCACAGAGGUGCCGCUGGUCCUCUACCUGUUCCUGCUCAUCUCCCUGGUGUGGCUGUGGGCGGGGCUUCACAUGAGCUACAGGUCUCUGUGGAUGCUCAUCGUCUUCGUCAUCUUCAACUGCCUGCUGGUGAGCUCACUGUCUUGUCUUUCUGUGUGUUUGCCGGUGCUGUGGACGUUAGAGGAUUUGGUAAUGAUGAGGAAGUGGAGGAAGCAGAAAUACCACAGUGCCAAUGACGUCAUGGCUCCAGAGAUGAAGUCGUCCACUCAGUGUCCGUUCUGGGACUUGAACCGGUGA